UAUUUUUUUGUUUGAAACCGUCGCCGCGGGAAAAAAUAACAAAAACCGACGUGGAGCUCGCGUCCAAUUUUUUCGCAAAAUAAAAAUUUCCGAAUGGCUCACUUGCGCUUGUAUUUAUAGGCUUUGCCAGAGCCGAGCUGAGCCGAACCGAUCCGAACGUUCCUAUUGGAACGUAAAGGAGUGACCAGAUACUAAUGUGACCAGUAAAAACGUGGCAACGCUGCACUUAAUCUUGAAUUUGACUAGUCGGGAACGACAUCGGCCACACUGGCCCAACAGCUGUUGGAAGAAGAAGAAGCAGCACGUGUUGAUUUAAAAGUGUUUUUUGAUUCUUAACUAAAAUUUAAAUAUAUACUUCAAGCAGAAUGACAAAACCGACGCCGAAAGAGCGUCCCAAGCAGAUGACCAAACGCUACUUCGACGUAGAGAAGGCCACCGACAACGAUGGCGGCGGCGUGGAGCACGUAAAAGUGAGGCGCAAAAGUCAACAGAACUUUGUUGGCGACUUCAUCAAGAUGCAGAACAAGCCAAAGCGGAAGCCGUCUUCACGUCCACCGUUCGCGAAGAAGGCAGCUCAGCCAGCUGAGCCCCAGCCCAAGAAGAAUCCCAUUCCGCAGGAGCUAAUGGACAAGUACUCGCGCGGCGAGAAGGUGCUGCCAAAGGGUGUGAAGACGCGCCACUUCAAGGAACAGCAGACGCGCAAGGAGGUGUACCUCGAGUAUGCCACCGAGCAGGCGGCGCGCACAGAGCUGCUGCUGCGGGAGAUCCCCGGCCAGCUGGAGCCGGACGAAGGCGAGACCACAGCCGAAUUGCGGCAGGCGGAGCUCGCUGGGCUUGUGGACUUGCAGUCGGCGACUAAGCACUUUAGUUUAAAGAUGGAGCAUGGCCCCUACCACUUGCGCUACACCAAGAAUGGACGCCACCUGCUGCUAGGCGGACGGCGUGGUCACGUGGCCGCCUUCGAUUGGGUCACCAAGCGGCUGCACUGCGAGUUUAAUGCGAUGGAGACCAUCGAGGAUGUGCAGUGGCUUCAUGUGCCCACCAUGUAUGCCGUGGCUCAGAAAAGCUGGGUGUACAUCUAUGAUAACAAGGGCACCGAGCUGCACUGCGUCAAACGUCUGGCGCGUGUGAACCGACUGGAUUUCCUGCCCUACCACUUCCUUCUGGCCGCCGGAAACUCCGCUGGCUACGCCUCCUGGCUAGAUGUCUCCAUUGGUGAGCUGGUCGGCAACUUUAACACCGGCUUGGGUGAUAUUCGCAAACUGUGCCACAAUCCCAGCAAUGGUGUCCUUUGCAUCGGCGGCGGUCGCGGCGUCGUCUCCAUGUGGUCACCCAAAGUCCGUGAGCCGCUGGCCAAGAUGCUAUGCCACUCCACAUCCAUAACUGCACUGACGGUAGACCCCAGGGGCCAGUAUUUGGUCACCGCGGGCCUAGAGCGCUCCGUCAAGGUGUGGGACGUUCGGAUGCUGGUGCAAGACCAGCCGCUAACUCACUUCCAGCUGCGCCUGCCCGCCAACGAGCUGGACGUGUCGCAGCGCGGAAUGCUGGCCCUGUCCCAGGGCACCUACCUGGAAACAUAUGCCGAUAUAUUGUCGGGCGGCGGCACCGGGGACUCCACGAAGCUGCCCUAUCUCCGCCAGCGCUGCGAUGCCUUCGUCAAUGGCGUGCGCUUCUGCCCGUACGAGGAUGUGCUCGGCGUGGCCACUGCCAGUGGCUUCCAAUCUCUACUAGUGCCUGGCUCCGGGGAGCCCAACUUCGAUGCCAUGGAGGAUAAUCCGUACGAGACGUCAAAGCAGCGGCGCGAACAUGAAGUGCAUGCACUGCUCGAAAAGAUUCCGCCCGAACUGAUCACACUGAACCCCCACGAAAUCACGGGCGUGGAUGCGCCCACGCUGCAGGAGAAGAUUGAUGCCAAGCGAAAGCUCUUCCAUGUCAAGGCGCCGCGCAUCGAUAUGAAGAUGCGGCACAAGAUGAAGGGACGCGGCGGCUCCGCCAAGGCGGCGCGAAACAAGCAAAUUGUCAAGGAUGCCAAGCGCAAGGAAUUCAUUGCCGAGGUGCGUCAGGCCAAGGCAAGCGUGUUUAAAGAGCAUGGAGAGAAGGACAAGGCAAAGGCCAAGGCACCGCGCUCAGUGCUGGAUCGGUUUAAGCCAAAGGCAACGAAGAAGCGCAAGGCCUAAGCAUGGACAGGAGAAGCA